GCCGUUUCCGCCGUGGACCCACGUCGUAUAUCCAUUAUCCGCUCGCCAGCCGAGUCCAGGGACCCCCGAUCUGUUCCCCAACCUCGCUCGCGGCCGCUCCACCACCACCACCACCCCGCCCUCCGCUCCGGCCGCCGAACCCGCCCGCCCCCGAUCCAGAUCCAGGACCUGAGAGAUGGACGCGAGCAGGCGCCAGAGCGGGAUUCAGCAGCUUCUGGCCGCGGAGCAGGAGGCUCAGCAGAUCGUCAACGCGGCUAGGGCUGCUAAGUCGGCAAGGCUUAGGCAAGCUAAAGAGGAGGCUGAGAGGGAAAUAACUGAAUACCGUAAGCAGCUGGAGACCGAGCACCAGAGGAAGGUUGCAGAGAGCAGCGGUGACUCUGGUGCAAAUGUCAAGCGUCUCGAGCAAGAGACAGACGCGAAGAUCGAACAGCUCAAGCAACAGGCUGCAAGCAUCUCCCCAGAAGUCAUUCAGAUGCUCCUGAGGCAUGUCACCACCGUGAAGAACUGAGUGCUUCUGUGCCCAAAAAUAUGAUUGCAGCUUGUAUCAUCUGUCUAUUUAUUAUAUCAGAGAGUCGUGGUGAGAAAUAAUUUGUGGCUUGUGGCUGUAAUUCCUUUGUUCUUGACCACGGAAUAAGCUGCUCCAGUAGAGCAGCAACCGUGCCUGGUACUAUCAGAACUUGCCCAUUGUUUGGUAUAUUGGUAAAUAUUUUCUUCAUGUUGGAAUUUUGAACACACUACUGCUAGUUUCCGACUAUAUUGUAUGAGAUCUGCAAAAUAUUCAUCGA